AUAUCAUCAAAUUCGCGUCGCCAUUUCCCCUCAGUUCAUCAAUCAUCAAUCAUCAAUCAUACUCUUUUGCUUUCUUUUAUCUUUACCUAUCAUCUCUCCCUCCUUUCUUAGUAUUAUUCCUUUCCUGGAAUCUGCAAUUUUUCCCUGAAAACUCAAUCCCUGUCCUCAACUCAGAUCCUACAAGAUCCCUUAAUUCUUGCCGCAAAUACCGUCUUCAGUAGAUAUUCUCCUAUUCUUUACCAGUACUCCCUCCCACGGAAAAAGGAACCCUCUCUUUCGCUCAGUAAUUCCAUCAGAAACUCACCUUUCUCUUUUAUCGUCACCUUUUUUUUUUCUUUUUACUUUGCCAAGAAAAUGCAGUGUCAUUAUUUGUGAACCCUCAUUUUCCUUUCGCUGAUUACUGGGUAUUGCUUAGAUUUAUCAAGCAACAUCUUGCUUUGCUUCUAAAUUUUAGAUACUAGCGGGUUAUAUUACGCGGUUCUUUUUUCAUAUUUUUACUCGAUGAGCUUGGUUGCUCUGUGCGUUUAAUGAAAUUGAUGGAUCUGAGAGUUGCCGUGUUUUUUGACAAGGGAACAGUUUUCGGACCCUGUGGUUGGUGAAUUCAGUUGUAAAGCAGUAGGGGAUAUUAGUAAUUGAUUAGUGCAUUAUAGUGCUUAUUGGAACUAUUAAUCAUGGAUCAUGUUAUUGGUGGCAAGUUUAAGCUUGGACGGAAGAUCGGUAGCGGAUCCUUUGGUGAACUUUAUUUGGGCAUCAACGUACAAACUGGAGAGGAAGUGGCUGUUAAGUUGGAAUCUGUGAAGACAAAGCACCCUCAGCUUCACUAUGAGUCAAAGCUGUAUAUGCUACUUCAAGGAGGAACUGGUAUUCCCCAUCUGAAAUGGUUUGGAGUUGAGGCUGAGUACAAUGUCAUGGUUAUUGACCUUCUUGGACCGAGCUUAGAAGACUUGUUUAAUUAUUGCAAUAGGAAGUUUUCACUGAAAACAGUUUUGAUGCUUGCGGAUCAAUUAAUAAACAGAGUUGAAUAUAUGCAUUCACGGGGUUUUCUUCACCGUGAUAUAAAGCCUGACAACUUUCUAAUGGGUUUAGGGCGUAAAGCAAACCAGGUCUAUAUCAUUGAUUAUGGCCUUGCAAAAAAGUACAAGGAUCUUCAAACACACAAGCAUAUACCAUAUAGGGAAAACAAAAAUCUUACAGGCACAGCUCGCUAUGCUAGUGUUAAUACACAUCUUGGAGUUGAACAAAGCAGAAGAGAUGAUCUGGAAUCUCUUGGUUAUGUGCUUAUGUAUUUUCUAAGAGGAAGCCUUCCUUGGCAGGGCUUGAAAGCUGGUACUAAAAAGCAGAAAUAUGACAAGAUCAGCGAAAAGAAGAUGCUCACCCCUAUAGAGUUUCUUUGCAAAAACUAUCCUUCAGAAUUCACAUCAUACUUCCACUAUUGUCGAACAUUACGGUUUGAAGACUCACCAGAUUACUCAUACCUGAAGAGGCUCUUCCGGGACUUAUUUAUUCGAGAAGGUUAUCAGUUUGACUAUGUGUUUGACUGGACUAUAUUGAAGUAUCCUCAGAUUGGCUCCAGUUCUAGAGCAAGGCCAAGCAGCAAACCAGCUGUAAAUCCAGGUCCAUCAGCUGAAAGAGUGGAACGACCAUCAGUUGGCCAAGAGAUCCGAGAUAGAUUUUCAGGUGCAGUUGAGGCAUUUGCUCGAAGAAAUGGUUCUGGACAUGCUUUGCAUGGGGAUCACUCCCGACACAGAUCUUCAGAUGAUGUGCCAUCGUCUAAGGAUGUGCAUCCUGAUCCUGAAAGGCCCCGAUCAUCAUCUAGAAAUGGCAGUACUUCAAAGAGGGCCGUUGUAUCAAGCAGCCGGCCAAGCUCAUCUGGUGAGCCUAGUGAGAAUCGGUCAAGCCGGCUUCUCUCAAACAGUGGUCGAUUGUCUAUGACCCACAGAAUGCAACCAGGGUUUGAGUCCAAAUCAUCUUCAUUUACUCGUGCUACUGCCACAAGAGGCGGUCGUGAUGAUACACUUAGGAGUUUUGAGCUCUUAUCCAUAGGCACAGGAAAGAGGAAAUAAAGGAUCUGUGUGAUAAGAACUAAGAAGUGUUAUCUUGUCUUGGGGAUCAACAUUCCCUUUGUAGUAUCCUCGAGAUAUGAGGAUUAUAAUGGUUUGUUAGCAGUACUUUGUGUAUGUGUUCCCAUUCACGGGUACCCACUCACAGCAAAAGCUCCACGAAGUUUGAGUGUUGGACUCCUGCAGUGCAGUAUGUAUUCAGGGAUUCUUGUAAUUACAAGGUCCACAGGACCGUCCUUGAAGGACAUGUGAAUCAUUUCGCUUUAGGGAAUUGUUUAUAAUCGAGACGCUAGUAACUUGUAAUAAAUAUCACUUCUAUUUGUUUUU